AUGGCGCCCAUACCUCAAGAACAAUUGGAUGAUACAGCCCAAGAUAUUUCAAGAGUUACAACAGUACCUGGGAGAAAACAACGUGGAUCUAUUUGCCGACAGGAACACCAAGCAGCUUUCAAGAUACGUAUCAUGGCUACCAGAGCCAGGAAGCGCGAACAACAACGCAUGCACUGUAUGGCCAUUACAAACCGCAACUGGAGACUAGCCGUAUGGAGCUUAACAUAUAAAAUGUACAGGCGUACAAGCUUAAACGAAAAUGCCCAGCAAAUAUUGAUCAGUAGACGUCUAGAGAAUAAUGCCACCAAUCGCUUCUACAGAAGAGUUCAGCUUCUGAUUAAACUAGCUGUGGUGUUCACAGUCUCUUUUAUCUCUAUCAUCCUACUCGCAUCCUCUUCUAAAUGUGAUAUGCACGCUGAUAGGUCAUACGCUGCUACAACGAUACAAGUAUUGCGGGCUUCAGUCACUCACUUGCAUAAGGAUCCCAUAUUGCUAGGGAAGAAUGAGGAGAUCAAUGCGUUUAUUACUGCUUUACUCAACCAAGCACCGGCGGUAACAUUGCAUAGACCCACUAUUAGUUCGUAG